CUUCUUCUCUCUUGCAGUGAACUCUAGCGGCGACAAAGGUUGCGAAAUUGAUUCGAUUUUUGGUCACCCUUCGUCUGUUCUUGGCCGUUAGCUCAGCCUCUCCACCAAUGGCAGAUCUCAACGGCGACUCUCGGUGAAUUAAUCGACGACUUGGUUGGAUGAAAUCGGAGACCACCAAAUCGGAGCCUUUCCUUCACCAAUUCAGAAAUGUUCAAUCACCAAUCUCUUUUUCAUGGAUCUGUGAAGAUGUUCUCCGCUUAGAACAAGAUCAAGAAGGAUAAGAAUGCUGAACCAACAGAGUGCGAGGAGCAAGUUGCUCAGGCACAUGGAUAUCUCUGGAAACCGCAAAGUUGUUGUGAUUUACGUCCCAUUCAGAAGGAUAAUGCGUCCUCCCAAGAAAGGUGCUGCUGUUCAGAGGCCACGUAACAGGACUCUAACCUCUGUUCAUGAAGCAAUGCUCGAAGAUGUUGCUUUCCCCGCUGAGAUUGUUGGAAAGCGUACUCGUUACCGUCUUGAUGGUUCCAAGAUCAUGAAGGUAUUGUAACAUCUAUGAAAGAGUAAACUCAGAUCUUUCUCUUCAUGAGUUUAAGCUCAUCUUUACCUUCUCUUUUAAAUGUUUACACAUUUAAAACAUUUAUGUUCUACUUCAAAUAUUUUUAUUUUGAAAACAAUAUUUUUCAAAAAUAAGAAUCCGGCCAAAGGAUAUAUGUGCUCCUAUGGAUUCCGAUACACGUAGCCUCCUUGAGGAGUAAAACAGGUAGAGCGCUUUGAACAAUUAAAGCCAA